GGGCUGAACAUGAGAAAUCAGCGCGAGCCAGUUCGGAUAAUCAGGACGACGAGUGUCUGUUAGCGGUCGACGCGGCGCGGCGCGGCGCGGUGCGGUGACGAGAGAAAGAAAAAAUCGAGUCGUGUGACAAUGAACGCGCGCUUGCAGGAAGAGACAAGGGACGAAGGAGAAGGAGGUGACAAAGAGUUGGGGACAAUAGCCGGCGGCGGCAGAGGGGCAGGAGGGAACAUGGCCCUCGGCGACGAACGUCAGCAGCAGGGUCGUUGCACCGAUUCGCUCAAUUGGAUCGGCAAGGCGUCGGGUUACGCGGAUUUCGCGGAGCCGCGACGGGGCCAGACGAUCGGCUUGUCGCCGGAAUCGUCGUACGCUUCCGCGACGCGGCCCGACGACGACACCCGCGUUUUGCCGGCUGACGUCGCCGCACCCUCUUCCAGCGUUACGUCACAGCUCGCCGGCGAUAAUGGCCCAGCGCCGCGUGCUCGCGAUAUCGAGACGCCCCGUUGGGCUCCGGCCAGGCUGCCGUUGUCCGCGAGCUGCAACCUGGCGUGCAAUUUCGCGCCGGCAGCGUGCAACAACGUCGUCCCGCUGAUGACGGAGCAAGCGUUGUUCCGCGACGUCGACGACGGCCAGUCGGCCGGCCCGCACCCGUCGGACACCUGCGCGUUCGCCUGGAGAAACUGCCCCCAGCUGCUGCCAGGACCCGUGGACGUCGAGGACCUCGCGAUAUACUUCGACCCAUCGGCGGACAAUGGCAAACCGCCGACGAGUGGCCGCGCGAUUUACUCGAGGAGACCGAGAUACGGCCAAGGUGCGGCCAGGAUGCUGCUGGAACAGCCGCGCUCGCAGGAGCCGCGCUGCGAGCGGCUCGACGUGGCCUCGGCAAGCGAUCUGAUGGAGCCCUAUUACAACUCCUCACGAUUUUCUUACCCGGCGGAAGCCGGCGACCCGGCCUUCGACGCUCUGCCGCGACCUUGUGAAGUGGGGCCGAGCGACCCGACGCCGACGUCGACGUCGACGCCGACGCCGACGCCGCGGUCUUGUGCGCUUCAGCCGGACUUUUACGGCCAACAGACGACGACCUGCGAGCCGAGACUCGCCUGCGCCGCGGCGACGCGCGAGUUGGACAUUCGCGAGCUCAACCGACGUAAUCUGGAACACGACGGUGCUCCGGCGGCUCCGGCCGACGAUUGGUCCUGCUACCAUUGCCCGGAACUGUUCAAUUUCUGCAGCGAGCAACGCUGGCUGCAGUGUCCGGCGAGCGAUCGCUGCCCCCUUUACGACAACUCGUACGACCACGGCGCGCCCCUCUCGCCGCCGUGCUUGUAUGAGAACCUGUACGAGGGCUACGACGGUAACGAUAAUUGGCGUUACGACUACGCCGAGGACGAGCAGCUUCUCGAGGAUUAUCUGAGCAACGAGAAGAGGAAGGAGAGGUCUCGCGAUGCAGCACGCUACAGACGCAGCAGAGAAACCGACAUUUUCGCGGACCUCGCAGCCGUUCUUCCGGUUGCACCGCAACAGGCAGCGCAUCUGGAUAAAGCCAGCGUGAUGAGAUUGGCGAUUGCCUAUCUCAAAGUCCGGGCUGUUGUGGACUCCAUUCCAGCUUCGGUGACAAAGUCCGAGUCAUCCACGGAGAUGGACGACCUAUUUCCGAAAGCCCUCAACGGUUUCAUGCUGGUACUGUCCAGUGACGGCAAUAUGGUCUACCUGUCGGAAAACGUCAGCGAUUAUCUCGGAGUGUCACAAAUGGACAUGAUGGGCCAAAGCGUCUACGAAUACAGCCACCCCUGCGACCAUGACGAAUUACGCGAGUGCCUGUCCUCGAAGCUGUCGGAAAAGAACGGGAAACGUGUCUACAGCUUCUUCCUGCGGCUCAAGUGCACCCUCACCAGCAAGGGCAGGAAAGUCAACUUGAAGAGCGCGUCCUAUAAGGUGAUACACUGCACCGGCAGAUUAACGACUAUCCGCGACUCGAACUCGAACUCCAUGGAGGUCGAUAACGAGGAGGGAGAGAAAGAGGACGAGGAAGCGGAACGCGAAGCCAAUACUUCUCUGGUGCUCGUGGGUAAUCCUAUUCCUCACCCCAGCAACAUCGAGAUACCUCUGGGACGUCAUACCUUUUUGUCGAAGCACAACCUCAGUAUGAAGUUCACUUACGCCGACGAAAAAUUGGCCGAGUAUUUGGGCUGGGACAGCGAGGAUCUGAUGGGACGAUCAGUCUUCGAGUUCUAUCACGCGCUUGAUAAUCUGGCGCUGGACAAGUGCUUCAAAUGUCUAUUCAGCAAGGGCCAGUGCGAGACCGUGGCGUACAGAUUCCUCGGCAAGCGGGGCGGCUACGCCUGGGUCGUCACUCAGGCCACCCUCAUCCAUUGCUCCAAGCAGCAGAAGCCGAUCUCCGUCGUCUGCGUCAACUACAUCCUAAGUGGGAUCGAGCACGAGGAUGAGGUGUACAGCGAGUGUCAGUUGGCCGGACGCGACAGCGCCGACCUGGUGAAGCCGAAGAGACCAUUGCCGGCCUUGGUGCCAUCGGACUCGGUCGCGACUCUCUUGGACGACUGUGACGGCGACAAGAAGGACGAGGCGGCGGUUCCAGCGGCGGUCGUUGCGGAACGAUCGGCGAUCGUAGACGACGACGCGCCGCCGCCGAAGAAGAGCGGCCGAGAUCGUCCAAGACCGCUCGCCGUCACAGCCUCGAUCUUCCAACGCUCGUCCAACGGCAACGACUGCUGCAAGGACGGCUCGCGGAAGGACCUGGCUCUCCCGAGGCCGGGCCAGGACGAGAAGACCUUCGUCGGCGUGCGAGCUCUCAAGGAGUCCCUCGAGGAGUCGAUCAAAGCGUGGAAGGAGAACGACGAGCCGGCAGCGACCGAGCGGCAGGAGGACGACUGCCGACCGUCACUUGCCAGCACACCCUUCAUAUUCCAGGGUAAGCCGGCGAUUGAGCGUGAUUCUUUAGAUAGUCCCGGACGCAGAGAGCGCCCACAGGCGGUCACGAGGCACCUGUUUGCGCCGCUCGCGCAACAGCAACAGGAGCAGCAGCAGCAGCAGCAGCAGCAGCAGCAACAGCAACAACUGUCCUGUCGACCAUCGCCGCAGACGGCCACAGCGAGCAUCUUCGCGCCUCGCACCGAGGACAUGAACAAGGGCUUCUUGACAUUCAGCGAGGAUCAGCCGGGUCUCACCAUGUUGAAGGACGAGCCGGAGGACCUGACGCACCUCGCGCCCACACCCGGCGACGUGUGCGUGCCUCUGGAGGAUCCGCCUUUCUUAUCAGACAUGUUGGACGAGUUCAUCCUCGGCAACGACAACUACUGCCAGCUGCUGAGCCCCGGCGGAGCCUUGGCACCAGAAUUGCGAUCAGCCACGGACCUCGGCGAAUCCCUCAAGGACACCGACCUGGUGAACAUCACCAGGACCAAAAUCGGGACUGAUCGACUGGCCGACAGUGAUCCUUUCAUGUACGGUGACUCGCCCGAGAGUCCUUGCGGCAUCGACUCAAGCGCCGUGUCGUCGUGCCUCUCCAAGUACCGGCAGAGUCCCGAACGCAGCGUUGACUCACUGGGCAGCCCUACUGGAGGUAGCGGCGGCGACGGGCUCUCCGAGGAUGAGAUGCUAAUGUUGGGCAUCAGCGACAGCAUAGCGGAUGACGAGCUAGCCCUCAGGGCGCCCUACAUCCCGAUGUCCGAUCAAGACGAAGCUCUGGAAUUACUCAUCAGCGACGAAAUGGUCAUGUGGGGCUCGUCACAGUCCUCCGACAAAGGAUCCUCCAAGUGGUUGUCUGAUGAUCGGGAGCAACGCGGCUCCGAGUCGAGCCUGGCGCAGUUGCUGCGGACAGAGCAAGUGACGGCGUCACGGCGGUACAACGACUACGGCGGCGGCCUGGUGAACCCGGCGCAGGUGUUUGGGCAGAUACCGCGAAAGAAUGCAGCUUUCGAGUCCGGACGGUGGUCCACCAGCCAGGAACGAGCUGACCGUCCUAGCAAGCGCAUCCAUGCGCCUUGCCCGGACUUGGAGAGUGAGCACAAGCGUCUCAAGUGCGAGGGCUCGCCGUUCGAGCGGCGAGACGUCGUUCUCGGGGUGCGGCCUGAAGAUACCGCGCUGACGAGGCAGCAGCAGCUGCAGCUACAACGACCGUCGACGACAGCGGCCCGCAGGAAACAGGGACUCGGGGGCGGCUGCGGCAGUCAGCUGCUGCGUCGUCUGGUCUCACAGACGCCGGGCGUCGCUUCGUUGCGCACUUCCAACGACGUUAAUGGCGCGUCAUUGUCGUCGUCGUCAUUAUUAUCGUCCUCGUCGUCGUCAUCGUCGUUGUCGCCGUCAUCGUCGUCGUUAUCACCAUCCUCGUCAUCGUCAUCGUCGUCGUCAUCGUUGCCGCCAAACGGUGGGAUCGGUGGACUGAGUCGCGACUCGCCGGAGCGCAUACGCGUCCUCGACGGCAUCAUCGACUCCUUCGCCGAGUCGGAAGGAGACCGCGGCGGAGGAGGAGGCGGAGGCGGACAACGACGCGGCAAUGACGGCCACGGUCGCGACAGAGACGGCGGUCUCAACGGCUUGAACAAUAUCGACGCUAGUCGGAGGAACCCGACCUGCGGCGUCGGCAGCAGCGUACUAAUGAAUCUCCUGGUUUCCGGCUGCGACGACGGCCUGAUGGACUCUCGCAAUGUGCCGACGUGCCUGUUAUCGAGGAACUUGUCAUCCCCGUUGUCCGUCAACGUGGACAAUCAGACGGUGCCGCAGUGCGCGGACGUGAACAGCGUCAUAUCUCUGGACCAGCUCAGUCCGGACACCAGGAGACACCUGAGCGGGCCUUUCACCGGCGGUGGCGGAGGCAGCAACUUGGUCUCGCCGACGAGGUGCGCGAUGCCGUUCGAAGGCUUCGACUACGACGUAGGCGAGUCCGCCGCGUGCCUACUGCAAGUGGGUCCGGAUCUGCUCGGCGGCCUGUUGGACCGGAACACGGUGUGAACGAGCGCGCGUAAAAUUGUGACAUUGUUGUGAGUGCAUCGGCCGAUCGGAGGAAUCGGAAAUGGACGAAAACCGCGGGUGCGUUCAGCCUGCGCGGAAUAAUGCUUGGUUGAUGAACGAGUCGAUUUUCCAGCGAGAUAUGAAUGAUUCAGAAAUUCCGACUUCCGGAAUUACCAAGCUUCUGGUUUUCAUUCGAACUCGGAAUUCUGGUACUAUCGAUCGGAAACUUGAAUCGUUCAUAUCUUACUCGAAAGUUGCUUUCCUUUGUGUGCUGUAACGAACCGAAUGCUGUCAAGACUUGAUUAGGCGAGACUGAUCAAGACGCGGUCUUGGAGGGAAUGAGCGACUGCCGAUUACAGAUUAGAAAUAGCGCCGUUGAUCGCGGCUACCUGGUCGCGGUCACCGGGUAUAAAAAUAUUCGGUUAGUCCGAAAGGCUCGUCGCGUUUGUCGAAUAGAAUGGAAAGCGGAAUUAUUCAGUUUGAUAAUUUGAUGCUUGAGUUGUUCAAUUCGAAUUUGAAUCGAAUUAUUCGAUUUCAUAAAUUUUAACGAAUAACGUGAGCAACCUCGAUCCGAAAAUAUAUAGUUUAUGUCACGUAUAUGAUAGAUUUUCAGUGCUGACAGUGAGUAUCGGAACGCAGCCUCUGUAUCUCUUCAGACGUCUAGCGGGAACUUGUUGUUUUCCUCUAAAUCUUCCCUAGAAUUUCUCUUUCAUUUUCCACAAACUUCCUAGAAGGGAAUUGAGUAGAAAAACGACGAAUUUUUCGCAUCGAAGGUAUUGGUAUCUCACAGUGACAGCGCCAACUAGGACUUCGAUCUUGAUGCUCUUUCUCCCGAUCAGUCGUGAUCCGAUUUUGAACGAUUCAAUUUUCGAUGGGCGAAUACUCUCGGAGUUGCGGUCUAUAUCUCCGUCGCUUCGGUUAAGUCGAGAUGAUUGGAAUUAUUUUCGGCAAAAUGCUUUCGUGCUCGUGACACACUCGAUUCUUCUGUUUUGUUUGUCAUCGAUGAAAGGUAGCUGAGAAUUACUGCCGUUGUUGAUUCGCCAAGUAUCGAUUACAAUUAUUUGAGACGACCUGGAGUUCGCGCGGGGGAGGACGGCUGUGGGGAAACUUUGCCCGCUUCCGAUCGUCGAUGCGUUUACAAUUUAAUGGCGCGACAUGCUCGCUACGUAUAUAAUCCAACAACAACAACAACAACAAGUCACAACAAGAGACAACAAGUCGCGAUCAGGUGUUCAAGGGAACGUCCGAUGGACGCGAAACGUGACGGGGGCCGAGGCACUCGAGUCUAGAUUUGAUAUUUUUGGAGCGAUCUUUUUGUCGGUGAUUCCUUUUCAAACGGCGACUCGACUCGCGUCACCCGGAACGUCUCAUCGGACCGACGCUUUUUACAUUCUUCUCCUUCGACGAAAUUCGUGAGCGCUGCGGAAGAAGCGAACGCUCGCCGAGUGUGCCAAUGCAUUUCCGCGCGAUUAACUUUCGAGGCGGACCGAUGUGCGAACAAUAAUCUGCGUGUUCGGGCGGGCCGCCCGUGUGUUCGGCGACGCGUAUGAUGUUUACUUGUGAGAAUGAAAAUCAUAUCUUUUUGUAAUUAAAGGCUGUACCAUUUUUAAGACUAAUCUUGACGAGAGCGGGAGAAAAUUCUCCUGGGUUUUCUUUUUGUUCGAUGCACGAAGCUUCUCCGUCUUCUGUUUUAUUAGCAUGAUUGUUACUACGGUUUCAAAAUAUCUAGACAUAAUAAUGUGUGCAUAAUUGCCAGAAGAAGUGUAUAGUAAUUGGGAUAAUGUGUAAUAAACGAUCGAACCUUAUAAUGUGCUCAAAGUUUCGCGGAAAUUCGUGAUUAAAAAGUUCAUGUUAAUUUGGCAAAAAAUUUAUAGGAAGAAAGAAAAUGGAUUCUCUCCUUAGACGAGUGCAUGUGUGUGUGUGUGUGUGUGUGUGUGUGUGAGAUAAUGCGUGAUCAUUUGCACAAUCCUUUUUGACAAAGAGUUGGAAAUGUUAUGGCCUUUACAGCGGCCCGGCCUGUCUCUUCUAAAAUCGAGCUGUAUAUAAACGAAUGCAUUUAUGCGCGUUCGCGCGUAAGUUUGCGUAUAUACAUAUAUAUACAUUAGUUCAUCUAAUAAUAACAAAAGAUGUUAAAUUGCGAGCGAGGUAAAAGAAGAUGAAACGAUUGGCUUCGUAAACGAAUGGUAACCGACAGACUACUCACCGCUUCGAGAUUCGCAGAGUGAAGAGAAACAGAAAGGAAAGAGUAGCGAAGCAACAAAAAGCAGCAAAGAACGAUAUACACACACGCGCGUUUUUUGUUUAUUCCGAUUUUAGUCAGCGGAGAUGAUCAGUUAGAAACGAAAGAUGAUGAAUUUUCAUUCAAGUAUCGGUUAUGCGAGUUUCUCCAUUUCAUUUCUUUCAGGAUGUCGACAGAGCAAGUCGAUGAGACAAGUCGCGGUGAUGCUACCUUAGCGCGGCACCGCUGAUCAGAGACGACAAUGUCUUUGUCGCUGCCGUGAACGUCGUCGUCGUUGCUGAUUGUUGUUACUGUUGUUAUAGUUUCUAUUAAGCUCCAGCCCGGCGCUCACCGACCGUCGCGGCACGAUCGGUACUGGGUGCAUACAAUUUAAUUAAUACUGUGUAAUUAGUGCUAUGUUUACUGCUACAAUUAUUACCGACAUAUGACACAUAAAUAAGAAAAAAAAAUAUAUAUAUAUAUAUUAUAUAAAUAUAUAUAUAUAAUCAUUCUGAAGAUUUUAUUAUUUUAAUAUUUUAUUAUAUCGUUAAUUUUUAAUUGCAUUGUGUAACAGUGUUGAAUAGGUCGCGUAUUAUUACUGGUAUGACAUGGAUAUGAUAAAGAAUAAAUGAUGUUUCUAAAA